UCGUUUCAAGCAGACGUUUUUCCCUCUCUCAGCAGUUAUAGUCUACCGUUGUGUGCGUUGUGCCGCUGUUGUUAAUGUUUGUUGGUCCAACGAGAAGAAGAAGAAGAAGAAGCAGAAGAAGAAUCGUAUAGCAAGAAGAAGCAAAAACAAACUGCGAUUGCAGCACAAAAACAACGAAGAGUUUUGACGAAAAAUUCCCAAGGAAGAAAACAUUUCGUUUCGAUCGAUAAGAAAAGACAGGAAGCUUCAAAAUGUCUCCAAAAGCGCUAAAUGUGCGCGUCACGACAAUGGACGCGGAACUGGAGUUCGCCAUCCAGUCGACGACGACGGGCAAACAAUUGUUUGACCAGGUGGUGAAGACGAUCGGCCUGCGGGAGGUUUGGUUCUUUGGACUCCAGUACACCGACUCAAAGGGCGACUCCACAUGGAUCAAGCUGUACAAAAAGCCUGAAUCGCCGGCCAUAAAGACCAUAAAAUAUUUAAAGCGUGUGAAGAAGUAUGUGGACAAAAAGACAGCCGACAGCAAUGGAGUGAAUCAGGCGGAGACGAGCGAAGAGGACGACGACGCCGAUGAUAUGACUGGAUCAAUGCCGUUUUCGACAUGGGUGAUGAACCAGGACGUGAAGAAGGAGAACCCCUUGCAGUUCAGAUUCCGUGCCAAAUUCUACCCCGAGGACGUGGCCGAGGAGCUGAUCCAGGACAUCACCCUGCGCCUGUUCUACCUGCAGGUGAAGAAUGCCAUACUGACCGACGAGAUCUAUUGUCCGCCGGAGACGUCCGUGCUGCUCGCCUCGUACGCCGUGCAGGCGCGUCACGGUGACCACAACAAGACCACCCACACAGCCGGCUUCCUGGCCAACGAUAGGCUGCUGCCGCAGCGCGUCAUCGACCAGCACAAGAUGUCCAAGGACGAGUGGGAGCAGUCGAUCAUGACCUGGUGGCAGGAGCACCGCAGCAUGCUGCGCGAGGACGCCAUGAUGGAGUAUCUGAAGAUCGCCCAGGACCUGGAGAUGUACGGCGUCAAUUACUUUGAGAUCCGCAACAAGAAGGGCACGGAUCUCUGGCUGGGCGUGGACGCCCUGGGCCUGAACAUUUACGAGCAGGACGACAGGCUGACGCCGAAGAUUGGCUUCCCGUGGUCCGAGAUCCGCAACAUCUCCUUCUCGGAGAAGAAGUUCAUCAUCAAGCCGAUCGACAAGAAGGCGCCGGACUUUAUGUUCUUCGCGCCACGCGUCCGCAUCAACAAGCGCAUCCUGGCCCUCUGCAUGGGCAACCACGAGCUGUACAUGCGUCGCCGCAAGCCGGACACCAUCGAUGUGCAGCAGAUGAAGGCGCAGGCGCGCGAGGAGAAGAAUGCCAAACAGCAGGAGCGUGAGAAGCUGCAGCUGGCGCUGGCCGCACGCGAACGCGCUGAAAAGAAGCAGCAGGAGUACGAGGAUCGGCUGAAGCAGAUGCAGGAGGACAUGGAACGUUCGCAGCGCGACCUCCUGGAGGCCCAGGACAUGAUCCGUCGUCUGGAGGAGCAGCUCAAGCAGCUGCAGGCCGCCAAGGACGAGCUGGAGCUGCGCCAGAAGGAGCUGCAGGCGAUGCUGCAGCGCCUGGAGGAGGCCAAGAACAUGGAGGCCGUCGAGAAGCUCAAGCUCGAGGAGGAGAUCAUGGCCAAGCAGAUGGAGGUGCAGCGCAUCCAGGACGAGGUCAACGCCAAGGACGAGGAGACCAAGCGCCUGCAGGACGAGGUGGAGGACGCCCGACGCAAGCAGGUCAUUGCGGCCGAAGCCGCCGCCGCUCUGCUGGCCGCGUCGACAACGCCGCAGCACCACCACGUGGCCGAGGAUGAGAACGAGAACGAGGAGGAGCUGACGAACGGCGACGCCGGUGGCGAUGUGUCGCGCGACCUGGACACCGACGAGCAUAUCAAGGACCCCAUCGAGGACAGACGCACGCUGGCCGAGCGCAACGAGCGCUUGCACGAUCAGCUUAAGGCUCUGAAACAGGAUCUGGCGCAGUCUCGCGACGAGACGAAAGAGACGGCAAACGACAAGAUCCAUCGCGAGAACGUUCGCCAGGGACGUGACAAGUACAAGACGCUCCGCGAGAUCCGCAAGGGUAACACAAAGCGUCGUGUCGAUCAGUUCGAGAACAUGUAAAGCUAUAGUCUUCAGACUAAAGAAAGAUCGAUAUAGCGAGCGAGAGCUAGAGCGAGAGGGAGGGAGCCGAGUCUCCAGAAAGAAAAAGAGAAAGAUAUAACUACAACAAGAGAAGAUAAUAAUAAUGAUGAUGAUGAGAUGAGAUGAUGAAGAAGCAACAAAUAUAAUUCCGGUCGCUGGCAAAGCCUAUCCCCCCAGCGACGUCCCUUUUCUACCCACAAGAACUUCCUGCCUCCUAAGUGAAUUGAAGAGAUCCACAAGUUUAAUAUAUAUAUAUAUAUCGUUUGACCGCCGUUUUGUCUCUGAGCUUGUAUAGAGGAAUCAAGAAAACCAAGAAAUCGAAGUAAAAUUCAGCCAGACACACACUGAAAGCGACAAAUACGGCCAGGACCAGAUCUGUAAGGACAAUCAGCAAAUGAAAGGAUCUAGCUAUCGGAAAAAUGUCAAGAUCCCCCAACAGAAACAAUAGAUAAAGUACAUUUCUCCUUUUCCCAAUGGAUUCAUAGAGAAAACGGAACGAAUAGUAAUAGAUAUUGAAAAACACCAACAACAACAAAACAGCUACUACAACAAAACAACAAACUAUUUGCAUUUUCCCCCGUUAUAAUUAUUAUUUUUAUUAUUAUAUAAUUACUAUUUUUUUUUAAAUUUGUAUAAUUAAAUAAGAACUUGAUUAAUUGUUUCUUAAAUUAACUUGAGAGAGAGCAACAAACAAAA